AUGAUCAAUCAGCUGAUCAGAAAUGUGAAAUCAGGUCACAGCGGUGUGAAUCAGCUGGGCGGUGUGUUCGUUGGAGGACGCCCCCUGCCCGACAGCACCCGGCAGAAAAUUGUCGAGUUGGCACAUUCCGGAGCAAGGCCUUGCGACAUAUCGCGAAUACUGCAAGUCUCCAAUGGAUGUGUCUCCAAAAUACUCGGCAGGUACUAUGAGACGGGCUCGAUACGACCUCGCGCCAUAGGCGGUUCCAAGCCUCGGGUGGCAACGGCUGAGGUCGUCGCGAAAAUCUCGCAAUACAAACGCGAGUGUCCCUCCAUCUUCGCCUGGGAAAUCAGGGACCGAUUACUAGCUGAAGCCGUCUGCACUAACGACAAUAUACCUAGUGUGAGUGGCGCUGUGUCCUGCUUUCAACAAGGCCUACUUUACUUUCAAUCUCUUUUCCAGUCGACUGUAGCGACUGGGCUGCUGUCUCGUAAAAGGGCUGAGUGCUGGGCAGUCGGCAAGAAGAAGAAGGAGAAGAAGUAG